AUGCAGUUCGAGCACAAAGAGGCACUGGAGGCCCUUGAGAGCACCCUGAGCGAGAAGAACGACGUGGUCACCAUCCAUGAGCAGACAUCGCAGCAGCUGGCGGCCCUGCAGAAGAAGCUCGAGGAGAGAGAGCAGAGGGUCGAGAUCCUGCAGGCCGAGCUCGAUCACCUCAACCAGGCGCUGAGCUCAGACCUGCGGAGGAAGGACGAGGAGGUCUGCGAGCAGGCGGCAGCGUUGGCUGAGAAGGCCGAGCUGGUGAAGGAGCUGCAGUCUCAGCUGGCAGAGGCAGAGGCUUUGCAUGCCUCAUCAUCCCAGCAGCUGCAGCAGCAGCUGAAGGAGAAGGUGGAGACGUUGGAGAGGCUGGAGGAGGAGCUUGCUCAGUACCGCUCGGAGGCGUCCAGCAACGACGUUGAGUUUCACAAGACCAAGGCAGAGCUGUCGGCCCUACUGCACAAGUGGCAGGAGGUAGAGGAGACGAACAGGACGCUGCAGGAGGAGCGCGACUCGUUGAAGCUGGCAGGGGAGGACCUGCAGGGUCAACUCGACGCCGCUCGCAAGCAGCUCGCUUCCACCAUCGACGAGAAGACGAGUGCGAUCGAUGAGCUGAGAAACCAGCUGGAGUCAGCCAAGUCUUCCCUCCAGCACGAGCGCGAGACGAGCAACUACAAGAUCUCCGACCUCUCCAAGGACCUCGACAGGGAGGUGGGAGAGAAGAGGACCAUGCAAGUUCGCCUCGAGGCGCAGGACGAGAAGAUCGGUGACAUGAAGGCCCUGCUGGCCGUCUGCCAGUCCCAGCUGGAGUCCAGGACGGCGGAGGUGCAGAAGUUGGAGGCGAGAGCCCAGCAGAGAGACAAGGAGGUCGAGGACCUCCGGUCCCAGCUCAUGACCCUCGAGAGCGAGCGAGCCAGUGCCCAGAGCCGCAUGCAGGCGGCGGAGGAGGACGCGGACGCGCAGAAGGCGCUGGUGACGUCGCUCAAGGAGCAGGUGCUGGACCUGAAGCAAAAGCUCGCCAAGGCCGAGGGGCUGCGGCGGCGGCUGCACAACGAGCUGCAGGAGCUGAAGGGGAACAUCCGAGUGUUUGCGAGGGUCCGGCCGAGCUCGGAGAGGAGCGUGGUGGGAGUGGACGAGGAGCUGGGGACGGUGAUGGUGCCGCACAACGGCCAGUCCAACGGCUUCCGGUUCGACCGGGUGUUCCCCGCCAUGAGCUCGCAAGAGGACGUCUUCUCCGAAGUCUCUCAGUUUGUGCAGAGCGCGCUGGACGGGUACAACGUGUCGCUGUUCGCCUACGGCCAGACCGGGUCCGGGAAGACGCACACGAUGUUCGGGUCAAGGGAGGACCAGGGCAUCAUCCCCAGGUCGAUGGGUCAGAUCCUGGGAGGGGUGGAGGGGAUGCGAGAGAGCGGGUGGGAGUACCAGCUGGAGGCGUCGUUCCUCGAGAUCUACCAGGAGCACGUCAGGGACCUGCUGUGUGCGGAGGAGGAGCGGGAGGGGAAGAAGUACACGAUCACGCUGGGAGAGAACGGGCGGCACGACGUGUCGGACCUGAUCUACAGGAGGGUGAGGACGAUGGAGGACGUGGAGGAGAUGAUGGCGGAGGCGGAGAGGAACAAGAGCAUCGCCAAGACGGACAUGAACGAGCGAUCCUCGAGGAGCCACACGGUCUUCUCCAUGCGCAUCACCGGCAGGAAGGCGGGAGUCGGGGGCCAGCAGCAGGCCCUGCACGGGACCCUCCACCUGGUGGACCUGGCGGGGUCGGAGAGGCUGGCCAAGUCGCACGCGACGGGGGAGAGGCUGAAGGAGACGCAGGCGAUCAACAAGUCGCUCUCCGCCCUCUCCGACGUCUUCGUUGCCCUCUCCAAGAAGUCGCCGCACGUGCCCUACAGGAACUCGAAGCUCACCUUCCUCCUCCAGCCCUGCCUCUCCGGCGACGGCAAGGCGCUCCUCAUCGCCAACUGCUCCCCCAUCGAGACCUCCUCCCACGAGACCCUCUGCACCCUUCGCUUCGCCAGCAUGGUCUCCUCCUGCGAGCUGGGAAAGGUGAGCUCGCGAGGAGGAGGAGGAGGAGGAGGAGGUGAGUGA